AUGAUCUCCAAGUUUACCGACCCAGUUGACAUUUUUGUGUUCUUUUUGGUAUUGUUGCAGAAGAGGCUGAACACCGGACAGGAAAGCAAUGCUGACAGGGAGGAACUGCAGUGCGUGAUUAUUAAGGUUGCAAGAGAUGAAGAUAUCAGAAAUCAGGUUGGCAAGAGCAGACACUUCGAUCUCGUGGAUCAUGCCAAAGUCGAGAGCUUUUGUGUGGAGAAACAUGUGCGCUUCAAUGUCUUCAAGGAAAAGGUUGCUGCAGAACUUGGAAUUCCUGUUCAGUUUCAGCGUUUCUGGCGAUGGGCAUUUCGUCAUAACGGUGGGAGAGAUACUUGGAGAGGGCAAUGGUGCAAGACUGAACUUGUUUUUGGAAGUAGGAAUUAUGUUGGGAGUGUAAUGGUGAAGUCAAGUAGUAAGCCUGCAGAUGUUGUGGCCAGAUUAAAUGAGAUGGCUGGCUAUCCAUUGGAUGAAAAUAUUGAUCUGUACGAAGAAGUUAUGUAUGAACCAAAUUUGAUGAUUGAACUCAUUGACAAGGAACUGUCUUUCAGUUCUGGCCAGGUCUUGGCUGCAAAACUCGUCGAGCUGAAGACGGAGCUUGAUGGGUCUCGCUCCGAGGCCAUAGACUUGCGGAAUCAGAAUCAGAAGCUGGAAGAGGAAGUAAAGGAGCUUAGAACAAAGGUUAAUACGUAG